UGGAGGGCUACACUCAUACGCCAGCUCUCGCCACGAGCUACUCCACCUCUCUAUUGGUGUUGCAGCUUUGCUUGAACUGGUUGCGGUGUGUGCUGACGGUAGCUGAUGUGUUAAUGGUGUGACUUGACGGUAGCUAGUGUGCUGACGGUACCUGGUGGGACCUGAUGGGACCUGGUGGGACCUGGUGGGACCUGGUGGGACCUGGCGGUACCUGUUGUGCUGAGGGCGUGACCAGCUCUGUACACAGGCCAACAUAGUGUGACCUGAUAAAUAAAUAAUUCUACGACUCACAAUAAAUGGUAGCGGGUGAGUGUGAACGAGACCAGUAUUGAAUGUGACAUCCCGUGACCCACGAUAAUCCUGAGUGGCACUGAGCUACUGAGUGCCAGGUUCCCGAGUGCGAGGCAAGCUGCGGCACCUGCUGUUGCAGCUUCAGCGACGACGCCUCCACCUACCCUGCACGAGCUCGAAACGACUCGUGCUGUCAUCAGAGGAGAAAACCUUCACUCAAAUUACAUUAUUAAGAAGAGUCUUUGGGGCCGAAGAGACCAGACAACGUCUACAGCAAGAGUGUGGUAGUCGCUGCUGCCCUGGGACCAGCUGGACGGCUCGCCUAGACUCCUGCUCCUGCCUUCCGCGCCUCCCGGCACUCUUCCGGCAGCCACCACUCCACACGCAGCUGCUGGUCCAAUUGCUGCUGACGACUGGCAACACAUAGGGCGCCCCGCUCCUGCUGGUGGCAGACUCUGCCCACUGACUACCUCGGGGGGCUGACAAUAUCCACGCCAGCAUCCCCUGCGAGAGGCGUGCGUGCCACCCGUUGACCUUCCAGGCACCCGGCCAGGGCCGACACCAAGCACAAUGGAUAAGCAAUCUCUGCCGUGGAUAACUAAACUGAGCUAUGGCGUGGGUCACGUUUUCAAUGACCUGUGCGCCUCCAUGUGGUUCACAUACCUCCUCAUGUACUACGAGAAGGUACUGUUGUUCAGCCCGACCAUGGCGGGGCUGGUGCUCCUGGUGGGGCAGAUCGCUGACGGCAUCAGCACCCCGCUCGUGGGCAUAUUCUCCGACAAGGAAAACAAACUCCCCGUCUGCGCCAGAUACGGACGCCGGAAAGUGUGGCACUUGAUAGGCACAGUGUUGGUGUUCGUGAGCUUCCCUUUCAUCUACAACAGUUGCUUGGGAUGCCAGGAGGCGGACAUGUGGGCGCAAUUUGCAUACUACUGCGUCUUCGUCUGUAUCUUCCAGUUUGGCUGGGCGAGUGUGCAAAUCUCCCACCUGGCGCUCAUUCCUGAUCUCACCUACAAAAAACACCAGAGAACAGAACUCAAUUCUAUCAGGUACGCCUUCACAGUGCUGGCCAACCUGAGCGUCUUCGCCAUCACCUUCGUGGUCCUCAACACCAGCGCCAACGUCCCGAGCUCCAACGGCAACAACUCCACAAUGAGCACCACCAUCGAGCCCUCCUCCAGCAGCGACCUCGUGGACGGAUAUACGGAGAUCGUCCCUGGCUCCAACCAAGACAAUACUGACACCAUCGGCCCCGAGGACGCCACCAAGUUCAGAAACGUGGCAGUCAUCUGCUGCGUGGUGGGCGCGGUGUUCUCCCUGGUGUUCCACGUCGGGGUGAGGGAGCCCGUCUUCGUCUCCCACAAGACAAAGGUCAUCCUGGCCGCCCAGGAGAAUGAAGCCAAGAUCAAGAAGGCCAUGAGGAAACUCGACUGGUUCAAGGAGUUGCCAUUCUAUCAGGUCGCCAUCCUCUACAUGGUCACACGCCUCUAUGUCAACCUUUACCAGGUAUACAUCCCGCUGUACGUGCAGGACACCUUACUCUUGAGCGAGAGCUACGUGGCCACCGUGCCCUUCUCCAUGUACCUGGCCGGCUUCGUCGGCUCCCUCAUUAUGAAGGAGAUCAACAAGAAGAUAGGAAGGAAGGCCACCUUCACCCUGGGCUGCUGUGUGGGGCUGGCGGGGUCUCUGUGGGUGUGGUAUGGAGACGGUUCCUACUACACCCACUGGGGCGUGUUCCUCGUGGCGGCGCUGCUGGGGAUCGGGGGUUCCACACUCCUCAUCACCUCCCUCUCCAUCACCGCCGACCUCAUCGGGGAGAACGUGGAGGGCGGCGCCUUCGUGUACGGCUUCAUGAGUCUGGUAGACAAGUUCUCCAACGGAAUUAUCAUCAUGGUCAUCCAGAACUCCGACCCAGACCAGUCGUGGUACUACCGCAGUGUCAUUACCUUCGCUUGCGGCUCCGCCUGCGUCCUGGGCAUCUUCGUCACCAUCACCCUCAGGAACGUCAAAAUUGGACAAAGACAUGGAACCUCGCCUGUGUUAGAAAUCUUGGCGGAGAGCGACGACUCCAGCAGCAGCCUGGAGGGAGUCGACAACCCGGUCAUUUCUGUCAUUUCAGAGGUCAAGUGGAAGCCCAGCAGCUGCCAGCCAGGCCUUGAGAGCCCACACGACCUGCGUCACUGUGAAGUCCCCGCUUCAUGCCAACACAGAACAACCACAGGGCCAGACAGUUCAUACAGCGCUGGCCUGGGACAAUUGCCAGAGAAGUCUGGUAUUCCGCAGCGCCGGCCAGAGGAAGCCCCGAACAUGUACCAGCUGGGCGUAACUGACAUCUUGAAAGUAUGUCAGUCCAAAGUUGAGGAGUAAAUUGAGUUGGGUGUAGUGGUGGUACAAAGAGUACCAGUGAACCCUGCCCUGUGUCCUGGUGCUAUCUAGUAUCUGAUUCACACUUUGUCGAUAGAAUUUCUAGACAUUUCGUAUUAGGAAUUGCUGUUUUUUCAUGGCGGAACAUGAAACAUUACUGAAUGGUUCCGCCCUUUGAUGUAGUGGUAUAUUCUUGUAGAAGACGAGCAGCGGUGCCCUCAGGAGAGAUUACUAUGGAAUGCGCACCAAGGUGUCCUUCUGCAGUAGCCAGCACCGGGAAGGUGAAGUGUGCGAGUGUGUAAAGGAGACAUUACUUGCUAAGUGGCACAAACACGCCCAGGUUGGACAAAUCUUCAGUCUUCGCCAAAACAAUCCGUGUUCGUAGUGAACUCGCCAAACUGAACAAUACAUGUGCUGAAAACGUUUUCGCCGCGUAAUUCCUAAGAUGAUACACCUAGCAUAAGAUUUGUUGUCUACCUAGUCUCCUCACCGCUACUUGGAGCUCCACCAAAGAGUCUUGCAUUAUAAUGGAGUUAGAGUAGCCAGGAUUCUGCAAUACAAAGGUGUGUGUGAGAUAUCUGUGAUCUCAGUCUUUCCUCUGACGAGUCCUGUGCAGCACCAUCCUUCACCUCCUCUGACGAGUGAGACGAGUCCUGUGCAGCACCACUUUUCACUAGUAGCUAAGGAAUACCACACCAAGGGUCAUGUAUAUAACAUUUUGUGUAACAUGUUUAUAAUCAAAUUAAUCGUGUCGAUAUAUUGAUGCCAGAACCAAGAGUUUCUGUAAAUCUUUGGAAACCUUUCGCUUCCGAAGGAGAUAUUGUGUGGUGUGACGUGGCCACACCAGCUACACUGUGGGGGGUAUGACGUGGCCACACCACCCACACUGUGGGGGGUAUGACGUGGCCCACACCACCCACACUGUGGGUGGUAUGACGUGGCCCACACUGUGGGGGGUAUGACGUGGCCACACCACCCACACUGUGGGUGGUAUGACGUGGCCCACACCACCCACACUGUGGGUGGUAUGACGUGCCCACACCACCCACACUGUGGGUGGUAUGACGUGGCCCACACCACCCACACUGUGGGGGGUAUGACGUGGCCCACACUGUGGGGUAUGACGUGGCCCACACCACCCACACUGUGGGGGGUAUGACGUGGCCCACACUGUGGGGUAUGACAUGGCCCACACCACCCACACUGUGGGGUAUGACGUGGCCCACACCACCCACACUGUGGGGGGUAUGACGUGGCCCACACUGUGGGGUAUGACAUGGCCCACACCACCCACACUGUGGGGUAUGACAUGGCCCACACCACCCACACUGUGGGGGGUAUGACGUAGCUACACCACCCACACUGUGGGGUAUGACGUGGCCCACACCACCCACACUGGGGGGUGUGGAGCGGUCCCCCCCCUCCUCACAUGUAAAGUACGUGUAGUGUGUUCCUUAUCUCAUCCAAAUAUCAAAAUAUUGUUAUUGUUGUGAUAUGUGUUAACUUCCGUUAACGGGUAUCGCAGACUACCAUGUUUAACCUAUAAUGUACCGUUUAUAUAUAUAUAUAUAUAUAUAUAUA